AUGUCUAUGCCUCCUACUCCCCCGAGCGAGCAUGCUAUUGAGAGAGAUCUCCAGGAGACCUUUCCUCCUGCCCCCGGCCAUAGAGAGUUUACGGAGUAUCCAGAUACUCAAGUCAACAUGUUCCAUGUCUCUCAGCACCCACCGAUGUCAACUGUGCGCCGGGGCCAGGCCCCUCGAGCUAGGGCCACCCGGUCCUCUCCCCGUGAGCGGCGUCCCCGCGCCCGGAGGAAUGUCUCUGCUCGCUCUAAGGUAGCCGAGGGAGGUGUACAAAUUGGUGCACCCAUGAGUGUCACAACCGCGCACAUGCUGCACAUUCCCAUCCGUGACAUGCACGCCUGGGCCCAUCGGUCUGCUGAAGAGCGUAUUGAGGAAGCCAGGAAAGAGAAUAAGAUCAAACGGCCAAUGAACGCCUUCAUGAUGUAUCGGUCUGCCUACGCAGAACGAGCAAAGGCGCUCAUUAAUCAAACAAACUAUCAGGUUGUCAAUCGAGAAAUAUCCUUCAGCUGGGCAGCAGAGGCAGAGGAGAUUAAGAAUCACUACCGGGACAUGUCCAAUAUCGAAAAGGACAACCACCACCGCACAUUUCCUGAGUACAGGUUCAAGCCCAAUAGAGGACCAGCAGUCGCAGCGGUAGCAGAGCCAAGUUCUCCAACUCCUCCCGCUAGUGGCUCUUUCGGGGAUCACCCUAGUCCUGCAUGGAGUAAUAGUGAUCUUGAUUAUGCCGCUUCUUUCCACGACCGAUCAAAUGGUCUCGCAUUUGAUCCCCUUUACACCAGCCGCUCCAAAACACCAACAAACUAUCAGGAUCUGGCAGCCAAUGACUACAUGACUCCUGCCUGGAAUGGCUACUAUUCUACAGUCCAGCCUAGUGCCUUACAUGGUGGGAUGUCCCAUGUUGAGGACGUACAUUUCCCCCGCUCCACCCCACCCGCUCAGGAGAUUCAAUAUGGCAUAUCCAAUGGCCUGAAUGGCCUUCCUGGUGGCUCUCACCAUGAUCUGCUUCAGCCUCAACGGGGCCAACCUUUUCCCGGUCGCAUCGGAUCAGACGGCAGUCUGAAUCCCCAGAUGCUCAGCUACGAUACUGACUCUGGAGCUUCAGUAAGCCUUGCCCCAGCGUAUCCUGCAGUUCCGAACCCCUAUCCUGUCUGGGAGGAGGAUUUCGCGGAGCAAUUUUUGAGCAAGUCGGUUCCAUCGGGUACAUCGAGCCCGGCUCCAUUCACUCAUGUCAUGUCGUCUUCUGUUCCGGUUAGCAUGCAGCGAAACCCUUCCUGGGACCACAAACUUGAAGUCAAUGAGACGGGUGAGUCAUGGAAUGUCGUGCAUACCCCUUCGUCAAACUUUUAA